CAAACUAUUUCCACAUGCUUCAGUUACAACAUCUAACCUCCGGGCUUAACUGCAGCUCUGUUCAUCAGGCGAAAGCUUUCCGUGGAAUUGCAAGGCAAAAGACAAUGGACAGCGGCUAUCCACUGGAGUGGUUUGUAUCUACGCCCCCGCAGACCUUCAUCUGUGAGAUCUGUGGAAAAAUACUCAACACUCCAAAGUCCACUUCUUGUUGCGGGGAGUCUUUUUGCUGUCGUUGUCUAGAGUUCUGGAACGACUACUACGGCAUAUGUCCUAAAAGGUGUGGAGAAUUGGAGAUGGAUAGCUUGCGAAAGGAGAACAAGUUGGAAAAGAUCAUACAAUCCCUCCCUGUCUACUGUCAAUAUUCUAAUGGCGGGGGAGGCUGCACCACUAUGAUAACACUUGCAGAGAAGCAAAGGCACGAAAGAAAGUGUCAGCACAAGCCAAAGAACACAACCAGCUCUGCUCAAAGCAAACCAGCUCUUUCCAGCAAAAGGGAAAAGAACAGCUCCUCCUCGUCUGUAGAAAAGCAAGACACUUAUGUAGAAAUGGCCAGCGUGGCUGCCAAGACACGAGAAAAGCUACAGCCAAAGCAUCUCCACCCAUCUCCCUCCUGCUCCACUGUUCCCCAUAUUGGUGUAGGUGGACUGGCAUAUCACACCUAUCAUUUGAAGAGAAGGACGCCUGGAGAAUCUCUUGGAUUCGUCCUGGUAGCAGGAGCCAAGAAUUCAAACGGGAGAGCUGUCAAUUUCUCUAUAAAGACAGUAAAUCCAGGGACUGUGGCUGCAGAGGCUGGCCUCUUACCUGGAGACAAGAUACUACAGGUUGAUAACAUUGCUCUCUCACAGUUGGCACAGCAAGACGCCAUCUCACGGAUCAAAGACAAUCCUGAGGUGCUCCUAACGGUCUUACGGUCGUCCGGUCGACCCCUUCACCAUCACGUGUACGAGGACAUCAAAUCAGCCGAACAAGAGUGGGCACAGACAACCGGAGAGAUGAACGAGAGAGGAGGAGAAACAGACAGAAACAUGCACAACAUGUUUCUACGUCACCAGUUAAACCUAAGAGACAGAUCCAGUUCAGUUGGUGGAGGAAAGGACCUCUUGAGACGGAAAAGAUCUGAUCCAGUAUCCGAUAGAUUAACCCUCAUUCCAGGGGGAGGAGGAGGAGGAGAGGCAGCUUACAAGUCCCCGACCCAAACAACUGUUUGCAGUGAUCCGACAAGAAACCAUUUACGAUAUUUCCCAGAGAAGGUCAGUGCCGACAGUGGGCUCUCUAGCAGUAACAGCAGUUUCUCACCUUCGCCGCGGUCUCUCUCUAAACCGCACUCCCGCCCUCCUCCGCUCCACGAGGUGGAUCAUACAAGCACUGAUGUUCGUUCAAACGAGAGGAAAGAAUCCAAAGGAGAGGCAUCGCCUUUAUCACGUGACGUACGAGUAGAAGGAGGUUAUGAAGUAGAGGAGAUAUACUUACAGAAGAACGGAACCAAUCAAUUGGGUAUCACACUUGGCUAUGAUACAACUAAUCCUGGAGGAAGUCUGUAUGUGUGUGAGAUAAUUCCCAGUGGUCUUGCUGCACAAGAUGGCCGAGUAAAGAAAGGAGACAUUAUACGGAAGGUUAAUGGGUUUGAGGUGUAUGAUCCUGAAGAAGCAAUAUUACUGUUCCUAGAACAAGAUCAAGACAUAUCACUAACUGUUGCAAGAAGAAUUAAAGUGUUCCAUCACUACAGGAAAGGACUCAUGUCCAGUAAAAGUCAAAAUGCUCUUCACUCCCACCUCAACCUCAGGGAGUCCUGCUAUCAUGACGAGGACGAGGAGACCGUGAUCCGCCGGACGGACAGUUGUGGUUCACUUGACUCUCACUCGCACAUCUACAGACAAAGGACAGGGAGAGAGAGGACAGGAACAGGGACUGAGAUUAGACGAGGCUCUGAUUCCUCUGCCAUUAGACACUUAACGGCAUCCACUAAUAAUAUGACGAUAUCACUCAGCGGUGGUGACCUACAUGGGGCAGGAAGAGAGAGGAUGAAAUCUCCUUUGGUUGGUACUGAUCACGUAUUUAGACCAAUAAUGGAAGGACGACCCCACACAGCCAAUCAUCUCUCGGUCGAGAGAGGGAGAGGAAGGAGAGAGGGUCGUUCACCCCAGCAUACAAUGGUUCACUCUUCGACAUCUAUCGAUAGUGCCCCGCCCACAGGAAGGGGCGGAGUCUCACCGUAUCAUAAUUCCCCUCCAGUAAUAGUCACUCGCCAUCACUCGAUGGACGUUCAAAGGUUGCAAGCCGUGUCACCCUCAAAACCAGUUCAGCCUUUCUUGGCUUAUAGACCUCGUGAUGUUAUUACGCCUAAUUAUCGGAGAGGGUCUGGUCCUGAUGGUUUUAGUCCAACGAGUGGCCCCAUUGGUCCGAUCAACCGCCACCAUUCUGUUGGUAAUGUGAGGUGUGAGAGUCUGGUGUGAUUAAUGUGUCUUUAUUGUGGACUUGUAAAUUGUCUUAAUUUUCAAUCCUUUCUUUCAUUUCCUUCUCUCUUGGUAGUUUAGUUGCGUGGAUUUAACCCUCCCUCUCUUCUCUUGUCUUUCACAUUUUAUUAUUUUUCUGUUUUUUAAUCUAAAGUUUAAGUGUGUACAAUAAUAAUAAUAAUAAUAAUAAUAAUAAUAAUAAUAAUAACUUGAAUCAAACGAAGAGAGAUUGCAUGUGUAUUAUGCAUAGCAUGCGUGUGCAUAGUUAAUCAAUAAUAUUAAUGAUAAAUAAGAAAGAGAGAGAGAGAGGGGAGAGUGGAAGUAUCUAACAGGAGAAGUAAAAA